AAUAUAUACAGUACUGUAUUUCAUACCACAUACACCAUACCAUACCAUACCAUACCAUACAUUACACACACCAAACAUACUGUACAUUUGAGUGGUGUCUCUCAUUUGGUUAAUAACUAACUAUUAUUACUUUCUACUACUACUACAACUACUACACCCAACCAAACCAACCAAUUGAUUGAGAAAAAAAAAAUUGUCACCACAUUUGAUCCGACAAACAACAAAAAAAGUUAUUAAAAUAUUUUUAUUUGUCUCAUUAUAAGCCAUUCAAACACAACACAACAAAUCUAGUCAACUAUAAAUCAAAAUCAGUUAGUCUGGCCAGUCGUGUGGUGUCCGCCCGUAAUCACCAACAAAAAAAACAGUCAGUCAGUCAGUCAGUCGUGUAGGAGUAGUCGCCGGUUUUGUGUUGAAAAAGUUGGCCACCAGUGGUGCUCGUGUAGUAUAUGCUCUGUCGACCUAAUCAAACACACCGACACACAUAGUCGACAGCCCCACCUAUCAUAAGGUGAUAACAACAGGAAAGUCGUCUGCAAAAAGAGAGAGAGAGACAGUCAGUCAAUAGGUAUAGCUAUAACCAGUACACACACAUACAUACUGUAUACAUACCGUCACCUCCUUUCUGCUAAAAAAACUGAUACGCUAUAUACUGUCUGGUUCUGGUGCUCUGGUGUUGGUGUGUGUGUGGGAACCACCCCAUUAUGUUAAUGUCAUAUGACGUCAGCCGAUCGUCUUAUUGUGGCGAAACGUACGCUACAUUGACUACCAUUGCCGACAAUAUGGCCGCUAUGUCGCCGCAGCAGCAGCAGCAUCACCAUCAACAGCAACAACAAGUGGUCAAUGGUCACCCCUCUCAUGAGCACCAUCAACAGCACCACCAUCACCAUCAUCAACAACAACAACAGCACGACCAGCACAUACACCAUCAACAGCAACAACACCACCACCAACAGCACCGACACCAACAACAUCAUCAGCAACAGCAACACCAACAGCUGGUGGCCGCAGCCGACGGCAGUGUCGGUGUGGCUGCCGUUGUGGUCGAUGGUGGCCACGAGCUCAGCCCGAAUAAGCGGGCCAUACAUCACCCGGAUGGUGUACAACAGUUCUGGUUGAGUAGUGAGCAAAUGAGCUAUUCUCCAACAUCACCGCCAGGUGUAAACAAUGGUCAAAAUUAUCAUUUUAAAAUACUGGUGCCUGCAGUGGCCGCCGGAGCCAUCAUUGGCAAAGGCGGCGAAACUAUAGCUCAACUACAGAAAGACACUAAUGCCAGAGUAAAGAUGUCAAAAGCCAACGACUUCUAUCCGGGCACUACCGAACGGGUAUGUCUGAUAUCUGGCUCAGUGGAUGGAGUGCUUCGGAUACACGAAUUUAUUAUGGAAAAGAUUAAGGAGAAGCCCGACCCGAACGCCAAGAUAGCCAUCGAUUUUGAUCACAAACAGCCCGCAGAACGAGAGAAACAAGUUAAGAUACUGGUUCCUAAUAGUACGGCCGGUAUGAUAAUCGGAAAGGGCGGCAGUUUUAUUAAACAAAUCAAAGAAGAUUCCGGUGCUUACGUACAGAUCUCGCAAAAGUCAAGAGAUCACGCACUGGCCGAACGAUGUAUAACAGUUAUCGGCGAAAUUGAAAACAAUAAGAAGGCCUGUGCAAUGAUAAUCGCCAAAAUUGUUGAAGACCCCCAAUCGGGUAGUUGCCUAAAUGUUAGCUACGCCGAUGUAACGGGUCCGGUAGCCAAUUUCAAUCCGACCGGCUCGCCCUAUGCCAAUGCCGGCAACAACAGCGGCGGCAAUUCAGCCGUUACCAACAGUAAUCCAAGUUAUAGUUCAAACGGUAGUCUGAAUAGUCUGAGUCCGACGCUGACCAACAGUUUUAAUAGUCCACAGAAUACGGGUACGCCCGGUAUGAUGGGCUUCAGUGUCAAUCCGGCCGUUUCAUCCGGUAAUCCGGCGCAGAUGAUCGAAAGUUUGAGGGCAAUGUUGCGAAGUUGCGGCUACAACGAGGACGCUGUACAAGAGAUAUGUUCGGCAAUGAAUACAUUGGCCAACUACGGUAUGCUGGGUCUCGGACUGGGACUCGGCGGCCAGUUGUUCAACUCGGUAAACGGUGCGCCAAUGAUCGGCAGUCUCAGUAUGGGUAUGACUGGCCAGCCGAACAACUGUGGCAUUCAGAUGGGCGGCGUUCAGCCCCAGCAAAGUGCAACUUUAUAUACGUCUCAGGCUACGGGAGUACCCGGUCUCGACCAGCAGGUGUCCUGCAACAGUGUUAAUCAGCAGACGCCGGCCGGAAGCGGUAGCAAUGGUAUGUUCGGACCGGUCGGUUCGGUCGGCAGUAGCAUAUCAGGUAUGGGAUUGAGUCAUACGGGUUUUGGUUCGCCAACUGGCGGCGGCGGCGGUAACCGACAGGAUCGGCUGCAGAUGCCGGACGGCGCUAUAUUCGAUCCAUUUCGUCGCUCAUCGCCAUCAUUAGGUUCACCUGUAACCGGUCCGUCGCAGGUUGGCGUAGGAGUAGGAGUACCGACACCGUUGCCCAUCAAUAAUAACUCAUUCGGUUUGGGAACUGGCCUGCAUAGUCCCGGUUCGCUGCGCAAGAGUCCCACACCGACCGAUCAGUCAGAGGGUUCGGCCAAAAUCGAAGUGGAAAUCGGCGACAAUAUUGUCGGUGCAAUACUGGGCCACGGUGGCAAAUCGCUGGUCGAAAUUCAGCGGCUAUCGGGAGCCAACAUACAGAUAUCGAAAAAGGGCAUAUUUGUUCCGGGCACCCGCAAUCGUAUUGUAACCAUUACCGGAUCGGCCAGUGCCGUCCAGACGGCCCAGUAUCUGAUUGAACAGCAGAUUGGCGAAGAGGAAAACAAACGUGCCCGACAAAAUACAACACUGGGCACUGUCCUACGCUAGUAGGUGUGUGUAGGUGUAGGGGCUGGACACCAACCAACCUAUUGAUGAUGAUGACGACGACGAUGACACCAUUACCACUCCAUACACCUAACUUUUUUUUAGACUAUAUAACGACACAUACAUACAUACAUAUAAUUAAAUCACACACACAAUCGGAUCAUCUAAUAAUUUGAGAGUAAAAUCUAUUAGUAUAGACACACACACACAAACACAUAGACACACAUACAAUACAUUUAUAAUUAAAUUACGGUAAAUUAAAUACAGUUAUUAAAAAAAGUACUUUUUAGCCGAUAUAAAAUCAAUUGAAUCGAUUUAAAUAUAUAUAUAUA